AUGAAAACCAGAAACAAAUCAUACCGCCUCGUUCGUCGCGCGGGUCAACAAGGAACGCGUCCCUCGGGAGGGAACCAGCCUGAGGUCGAAAAAUAUGCAUCUGGAACAAGCUCUUCGGAAGAUGACCUACCAGGUAAUCAGAACCAGGACAUUCCUAACCCUGAACCGGUAGUGAUACCGCCUAAACAGCCAAAAGCUAAAAGAACUAGAUGGACCAAAGAAGAGUACAAAACAGUUUUGAGAGCCUUUUAUACCGCUCAGAAACACCCAACAACAAACUUAACAGCACAAUCCUUCACUGAAUGGAGGAAAAUUGUAGGGAAUGAAGUGCGAGAAAACUUUAACCCAAAUAAACUCGCAAAUGUACGAAGAGACAUAAUAAAGAAUAAAAGAUUAACUGAUGCAGAAAUCGAUCAGAUUAGGACAAGUAUUUUGAAUGUUGAGAUAGUAGAUAAUGCUGUUGAGCCUGAACCUGCAGUGUUGAAUCAAGAACCUGAUGGUAAUGAAAUUAAUGAUAGUGACGUUGUUGAAAAUAGAAACCCUGCUGAUGUAGUUGAGGAUGCUAACUUAGACGAGUUUAUUGAACAACAUAGAGAUGAUAUAGAGGAAGCUCGCCUUGAUAUUUUACGUGAGUUCAGCAAGACUGAACAUCAAGAAUAUUCAGAAAGAGACUCGCUCCCAAAAAUCACGCAAAGCUCAAAACUUCGACAAACGAUCAAAAUUUAUAACGUUGCUUUAAAGGAUGUCUUAGAUAACCAAGAGCUUGAUUUGUCUACUCUUAACACAUAUAUUUAUGCUACUGAGAAAGCAAUCUCAAACACAAUGGGGAAUAAACUUAAGAAGAAAACUAAGAAACAUAUUAAUAAAGCACCAAAAUGGAAAAUCAGGCUACAAAAAGAGAUUGAUGCUCUACGGGCAAAGUUAUCAAUACUAAAUGAAAUAUCAAAAGGUACACUUGUAAAGGCCCAACGACUCCGCAGAUUUGACAAAAGAACUCGGUUCUAUAGGCAGAAUAAUUUUUUUCAGACUGAUGCAAAGAAGUUCUAUAGAGAAAUAGGUAAAGGAACAAUUAAUGUUGAGGAGCCCCCGGUUGAAGAAGAUAUGACUAACUUCUGGAAUGGUAUUUGGGGAAAAGAGAAAGAGUUUAAUAGUGAAGCCGAAUGGAUUAAGAGAGAACAGGAGAGGAUGAAUGAAGUGGAACAACAACAAUGGGAUGAAAUAACAGUAAUCGAAUUGCGUAAUGCAUUAGCUAAGUCGCAGAAAUGGAAAUCUCCGGGCGUGGACAAAAUUCCAAACUUUUGGUUAAACUCUCUCACAUCUUUACAUGAGAAACUAGCAAUAAACUUUACCAAAAUUUUACAGAACCCAGAAAGUGCUCCUGAAUGGUUAACUGAAGGAACAACAUACCUCUUACCCAAAAACCAAGAAACCCAAAAAACUAUAGACCAAUUACAUGUCUUACAACUACAUAUAAAAUACUAA